CAGAUAAAUAGCUCGCCCCUGGCCGCGCAGGACAGGCGGUGGCACGGAGGCACAGCCGGGUGCCCGCCGGGGACACGGGGACCACCGGGACGGGACCACCGGGGGACACGGGGACCACCGGGGGACACAGACCCUCAGUGUCACACCGAGGGGCUGCUGCGCAACGACCCAACACCUCCUGCCCUCUUCCGCCUGCCCCAUGGCUGUGGCCACGUCCCCCCUGCAGUGGCUCGUCCUCAUGGCCAGCCUUGUGCCCCCAGCCCACGGCUCCUGGGGUGUCAGCUACCCCCCCGAGCUGAGGAGCAUCACGGGUUCCUGCGUGGUGUUCCCCUGCACGCUGAGCUUCCCCGACAGCAUCUCGGCCAGCAAAGGCAUCGUGGCCAUCUGGUACAAGGACUACAGCAACCAGAAGACCGUGGUGUACCACUCGGAGGGCCAGGACGUGGACGCCAGGUUUCGGGACCGAGCCCAGCUCCUGGGGGACCCGGCUGCUCACAACUGCACCCUGCUGCUGCGGGGGGUGACCCCGGAGGACAGCGGGCCCUACAAAUUCCGCUUCGAGAUCGUCGACGGGGACCGGUGGUCGGCGGAGCGGGACGUGGAGCUGAGAGUUUCGGAUGUCCUGGAGCGCCCCAGCAUUGCGGCCAGCGAGGAGGUGCCGGAGGGGACCGAGGUCACCUUCCAGUGCUCCACGCCCUACGUCUGCCCGCUGAGCGACGUGGCCCUGCGCUGGGCGGGCUACGAUGAGCGCGUCUCCUCCGUGUCCCCCCGCCUGCAGCUGGACACCAGCGGGGUCGGCCACCACCUGAGCCUCGCCACCUCCUUCUCCUGGAAGGACCACGCCAGGGAGCUCUUCUGCGAGGUGCUCCACGGCUCCCAGAAGGCGAGCGGGGAGCUGGUCCUGCGGGUGAGACACGCCCCCAAAGGCACCAGGGUGUCGAUCACCCCCUCGGCGCAGAACAUCCUGGUGGGGGACACGGUGUCUCUGAGCUGCGAGGUGAACAGCAGCUACCCCCCGGUGUCUGCGUACCAGUGGUACAAGGACGGAGCCGCCGCGGGCACCGAGCGCACCCUGACGCUGCGGGGCGUGCGGCGGGCGGACCACGGGCAGUACCGCUGCGAAGCCCACAACGCCCUCGGGGCCGGCACGGCGCCCCCCGUGAUGCUCUACGUCUUCUCCGCCGAGAUCUCCGUGAGCCCCGCGGCCGAGGUGCGGGAGGGGACGAGCGCGGAGCUGUCCUGCGACGUGCCCGGCAGGGAGGGCCAGGAGCUGAACUACACCUGGUACAAGAACAGCGCCUGGCUGCAGGACGGCCCCGCGCACACCCUGCUCUUCCACCGCGUGGCCACCAGCGACGCCGGCUUCUACUCCUGCAAGGUGACCAACGACCGGGGCAGCACCACGUCCCAGCCCGUCAGCCUGAGCGUGACCUACCCCCCCAGGACCCCCUCCCUGACGCUGCUGCAGGAGCCGCAGGGCGGCGGGCUGGCUGUGGUGCACUGCUCGGUGGACAGCCGCCCGCCGGCCACCCUGGCGCUGUACCGCGACGGCAACCUCGUGGCCACCAGCGGCUCGCAGGUGGCCCCCAGCCAGCGGCUGGCCAUCACGGCCUCCCGAAACGCCCUGCGCCUGGAGAUCCGCGGCGUGAGGCCGCAGGAUGGGGGGCAGUACCGCUGCACCGCCACCAACACCUUGGGCAACGCCAGCGCCACGCAGCCCUUCGUCACCCACACUGCCAGAGUCCAGAUCCAGCCCUCGGCGGAGGUGCGGGAGGGGGAAGCCGUCACCCUGAGCUGCGAGGUGCCGGGUGACGUGGGGCCGGCCACCUUCACCUGGUACAGGAACGGCCGGUGGCUGCGCGAGGGCGUGGAGCCGGCGCUGAGCUUCCCGGCCAUCCGCAGCGCCGACGCUGGAGCCUUCCAGUGCCUGGCACAGGGCAGCGGCCACAGCCACAGCUCGGCGGCCGUCACGCUCCGGGUGCUCUGCACGGCAGGGAAUGUGCCCAACCCAGGGCGGAGCAGUGCCCUCGGAGAUGCUGGGGACACCGCGGGUCCCUCGUGGAGAGCAGUCCCCCCCCGGCAGCCGGUGAUGAGCUCCCUCCUGGAGACCCAGGGCGGGCAGCUGGGCAUCAUCCAGUGCUCCGUCCAGAGUGACCCGGAGGCCAACCUGACCCUGUGGAGAGGAGGAGAGGCACUGGCUUGCACGGGGGGCUGCCCCCCGGCCCCCAGCCCCCGGCUGCAGGCGACGGCCUCGUACAACAGCCUGAGGCUGGAGCUGCGGGACGUGGUGCUGGAGGACGAGGGCACCUACGUGUGCCAGGCCAGGAACACGCAGGGCAACGCCAGCGCCUCCAUGGCCUUCAGUGCCGAGACCGCCCGCGUCGUGGUGUCCCCAUCUCCCCACGUGCUGGAAGGCAGCGCCGCCAACCUGACGUGCCAAGUGAGCAGCGGGUCCCCGAGCCUGCCCAACGUCACCUGGUACAGGAACGGGCAGAGGAUCCCCCGGGACCCCCACCCCGAUGCAUCCCUGGUGCUGCAGCGGGUGGUGAGGGGGGACGCGGGGCUCUACCAUUGCACCGCCGCCACCGGGAGGAGCAGCCGGAGCUCUGCCGCCGUCCUGCUGGAUGUGCUGUACCCCCCGAGGGACCCUCAGCUCACCGCCUUCCUGGAGACGCAGCGGGGCCGGCUGGCCAUCUUCGAGGGCUCGGUGGCGAGCAACCCCCCUGCCCAGCUGGCCCUGUACCGGGGCGAGGAGCUGGUGGCCUCCAGCGGCACGGGGCACGGCACCAACCCGAGGGUCAGCGCCACGGCCACCCCCAACGCGCUCCGGGUGGAGAUCCGGGAUGUCACGCUGGCAGACGAGGGCACCUACAGCCUCGCCGCCACCAACGCGCACGGCACCGUGUCCCAGCACCUCGAUUUCCGUGUGCAGGCAGCCUCGGGAUGCAGCAGGGGCACCAAAAUGCUGCGAGGCGCCGUGUCCCCCACGCUCUGCCCUCCUCCCUCAGCCGCCCGCGUCCUCAUCUCGCCGUCGGCGGAGGUGCUGGAAGGGGACGACGUCUCCCUGACGUGCGAGGUGCCGGGGGAGCCUCAGGAGGAUGCCACCUUCUCCUGGUACAAGGACAGCAAGCGCCUGGAGGACAGCCCCGGCCGCGUCCUCGAGCUGCCCCACGUCGCCAGCACUGCCGCGGGCUCCUACCACUGCAAAGCCCACGGCCCCGCGGGGACCGGUGCCAGCAUCUCCCCGGCCGUCAGCCUGCGUGUCCUGUAUCCCCCCCGGGUGCCGGUGCUGAGCUCCUUCCUGGAGUCGCCGGGGGGGCGUCGGGGCGUGCUGCAGUGCCGGGUGGACAGCAGCCCCCCGGCGCAGCUGGAGCUCUCCAAGGACGGCUCCUUGGUGGCCUCCAGCGCGCUGCCCGCCCCCGCCACCUCCCCGCGGCUCGGCGUCACCGCGGCCACCAACAGCCUGCGGGUGAGCAUCGGCGACGUGCUGCUGGAGGACGAGGGCGAGUACGUGUGCGCCGCCAGCAACGCCUACGGCAACGCCAGCACCGCCGCCAACUUCACGGCAGGGACUGCCCGGGUUUGGAUCUCACCCUCCUCGGAGGUGCGUGAAGGGGACGCCGUGACCCUGACGUGCGCCGUGGAGAGCGCAGCCCAGGAGGCUCUGAGCUACACCUGGUACAAGAACGGGGUCAGGCUGAGCAGCGGCACGGCCCCACAAAUCGUCCUCCCCAGCGUGGGGGCCGCCGACGCCGCCUCCUACCACUGCGCCGUGCAGAGCCCCGCCGGCACCCGCAGCGUGGCCCCCAGCACCCUCAGCGUCCUCUACCCCCCCCGGAACAUGCAGCUGAAGGCCUUUGCGGAGAGCAGCGGGGGGAGCGCCGUCAUCCUGCUCUGCACCGUGGAGAGCAACCCCCCGGCCGAGCUCAGCCUGCACCGGGGGGGGCAGCUGGUGGCCUCCAGCGCGUCCACGACCCCCACCCAACGCUCGCCCCCUCCCAACGCGCUGCGCCUGGAGCUGCCGGCCGCCGCGGCGCAGGACGAGGGCGAAUACGAGUGCCGGGCACGCAGCCCCCUCGGCAGCACCAGCACAUCCCUGCCCCUCCACGUGCAAGCCGUCAGGGUGGUGGUGCGGCCAGGGAGCGAGGUGCAGGAGGGCACGGAGGUGACACUGAGCUGCGAGGAUGUGGGUGCCCAGCUGGGCACCGUCUACGCCUGGUUCAAGAACGGGCGCUGGCUGCAGGAGGGUCCCGGUGCCGCGCUCCUGCUCCACGCUGCGCGCAGCAGCGAUGCGGGCGCCUACAGCUGCCAGGCGCGGACGGGGGCGCGCAGCCGGAGAGCCCCCCCCGCAGCCCUGAGGGUGCUGUACGCACCCCGGGAGCCAUCCUUCGUGUCCCUGGUGGAGCCGUGGGGCGGGCGGCAAGCCGAGCUGCUGUGCACUGUGGACAGCCACCCACCCGCCGACAUCACCCUGCUGCGGGGCCGUGCGCCCCUCGCCUCCACCCGGGGCCCCUCCGACCCCCGCGCCUCCGUCCAGGCUGAGCCCAACGCCCUGCGGGUGCGGAUGGUGGCGCUGGGCCCGGGGGACGCGGGGCUCUACGUCUGCUCAGCCAACAACAGCUUCGGCACCGCGACCACCUCCCUGCUCCUCGUGGCGAGCGGUGUCCGAGUCACGGUGGAGCCCUCUCCAGAAGUCCCCGAAGGUGCCACAGCCACCAUGAACUGCUCGGCGGUGCCCUGGGUGGGCGACGAGGCCAACUACACGUGGUACAAGGACAGCCGGUGGCUGCGGGAGGGACUGGCCAGCGUCCUCGUCCUCGGCCCCGUUUCCAGCGCUGACGCCGGCUUCUACCACUGCCGGGCCAGCGGCGUGCGGGGCAGCGCGGCCUCGGCCCCCCUCAGCCUCACCGUGCUCUACGCCCCGCGAGCCGUGGCCGUCAGCACCUUCCUGGAGAACCUGAGCGGGCGCGUGGGCAUCGUGCUGUGCGUGGCCGACAGCCACCCCCCCGCCGCCCUCGCCCUGUACCGCCGCGGCCACCUCCUGGCCUCCAGCCUGGCCACGGCCUCAACCCCGGGGCUCCGUGCAGCCGCCUCCCUCAACGCCCUGCGCCUGGAGAUCGCGGCCCUGGGGCCCGAGGACGCGGGCGAGUACAGCUGCGUGGCCACCAACCCGCUGGGCAACGCCACGGCCAGCGCCUACUUUGACACCCGCACGCUCUCCCACCUCCUGGUGUUCACCGUCCUGGCCGGGCUGCUCCUCGCCCUGCUCUGCGUGGCCCUGCUGGCCCUCCUGGCCGUGAGGCUGUGGCCCAGGCUGCGCAAAAUUUGGGGCUUGCCGCGGGCUGAGGACACCUUCGAGCUGAGCAGGAAGCAGGAGCAGAUGCAGGUGGAUGGAGAGUCCUAAGCCGCUGGCUCUUUGGCGCAGGAGUGACUGUAGCAGCUGGAAACCGCACAGCCCCCGACACGGGGGGGGCCCAGAGCCACCCUGGGGCAACCCAGCCCCAUCCUGACACCCCCUCCAAGCCCCCCCUGCCUCCCUCCUUCCCUCCCCUGCUGUGCUGGGCACAGCGCCCGUGGUGCUCCGGCUGCGCGCGGUGCGCCGCGGUCCGUGGCUGCUCGGAGCUGCCAAAAUCCCAGGACCCCCCCACCCAGGAGGGGGGUGCGAGCCUGGUGCCGGCCUCUCCAUCACCACCAUCCUCACCCCCCCACCGAGCUGCUGCCCCCGGGGGGCUGCGUGCUACUCACCUGUCUGGAAAUAAAGCACGGAGCAGUGCGA